GCUGCUCCCAGCUCCCCCAUUCUAUGGCAAUGUACCUGUUGCAGCUUUUCAGCUUCCCUGAUCUAUGGAAACAUACCUUCAGCUGUUCUGCAGCCCUGUGCCUCCUCCGUGGUCCCCUUAAUUUCUAAAAUUUCCUAAACCUGUCCCAUUUUACCCCUAAAAUUCCUGUUUCAUCUCGGGACUAUUUCUUAGAACUCUUUGCAGCAGGCUGGAGAAAAUUAAGUGGCCCUUUGAGCCUGUCCCAGAGGCAUAGCUUUCCCCAGGCUGCCCUGUGCCUGUGUGCCCGGAGCGCCUAUGCCACCCUGGCUGGUCUCUCAAUGUGCUGUUUACAGGAUAAAGUGGGAGUUACUCAUGCCUGUGAAUGGAUGCAUUCACUUGAUCCUUGAGCUCUUCGGUUCUCUUCAAGAAGGGCGUAUUCUUUGAGAGCAGGAUGCAUGUGAAGAUGAAGAGCAGUACUUUCUGGCCAGUCUUGUUGCUAGUCCUAAUUGCUUUGCUCUCAGGAGCAUUUACUGUCUGUCUUGUUCCACUUGUUUCUUUCGUCCUUUAAGGCGAGCUCCCCCGCCUGGAGAAGUAAAGCCUGGCCGUCCUGAGCCCUGCGCGCCAAUGUCGGCACCAACGUGCCUCCCGCCAGCUGCCGAGGCGCCCGACUGCAUCGCGGUGGAGAUGGCAGGGAAGGAGGAGGCCUGGGACCUGGGACCCGGCCUGCCCCGCAGGGGCCCCUCCAGCCGAGGGCCCCGGGAGGCCCUGGGCCGGCUGCGGGAGCUGUGCUGGCGGUGGCUGCGGCCCGCGGUGCUCACCAAGAGGCAGAUCCUGGAGCUGCUGGUGCUGGAGCAGUUCCUGGCCGUCCUGCCCGCGGAGCUGCGGGCCUGGCUGCGCGCGCGCGGCCCCGAGAGCGGGGAGGAGGCCGUGACGAUGCUGGAGGAGCUGGAGAAGGAGCUCGACGGGCCCGCAGAGCAGGUUUGGGGACAAAAUGCAGAGGACGUGGCAGCGCAGGAAAUCACUCAGGAGUUGCCAAGUGGCCCGCCCCAGCCUGCGAUGCCCCAGCCUGCGAUGCCCCAGCUGACGUGCCCAUCGCUGGAACGCCACUCCUCCAGGCCACGCGAUGAGGACACUAGAACUCAAAAUGUGAAAUCAGCUUCGAGGCAAAAGACUUCUUCGGGCGUAGAACUGCAUGGCGAUGUUCCUAACACCGUUCACAGGAACGCUUCCCAGAGUUCCACGUCCAGAGGAACCGGCAGCCAAGGCACGUUGGAUAGAAGAUACAGAAAUCCUUCUCGGAAGAAACAGCGCGAGUGUGACGAGUGUGGCAAAAUGUUCAGUCAGAGCUCAGCCCUCAUGCUCCACCAGAGGAUCCACAGUGGAGAGAAGCCUUUCGCAUGUGACGUGUGUGCAAAGGCUUUUAGCCGGAGCGCAGUCCUCAUUCAGCAUCGGAGAAUCCACACUGGGGAAAGGCCCUACAAGUGCCACGAGUGUGGGAAAGCCUUCAGUCAGAGUUCGAAUCUCUUCAGGCACAGGAAAAGCCACACGUGCGUCGGUCCUGGGAGGGAGUCAGAGCGUCUACUCAAAACUUUCUCAACAGAGGAAGACACACGGCACCAGUAGCUCCCUAGUGUAGAUCACUGGUCUCAGUGAGCAGCGUCUUCUCUAAGGUCAUAAAGGAGAGGACACAGACCAUCUAUGUCAGCCCUGUCUGCUUCUCUGCUACUGUAUUGAUAAGCAGAAAAGCAGACAAGGCUGAAUUGAACUCUGAUUUCCAUCCGGAGAGUAGCUCUUGAAAGACAUUCUCAGACACGUUCUAUUUCUGCUCUUUGCACCAACGAUGACAUAGUACAGUGGUCCCUCGAACCCUGGUUUGAACAGCACAAGUGUACUUUAUGUAUAUUUUUCUCAGUACAUAUCCAGUUGGCCCUCUGUAUUCCUUGCUUCAACCAACCACAGAUUGAGUCUGCAGAUGCAGCGGCCAACUGUGUGCAUUGUUCUAUGUCAUUUCAUACAAGGGAAUUGAGCACCCGCCGAUUUGGGUAUCUACUGGGGGUGGGGGUGGGGGUGGGUAGGUGAGCCUGGAACCAACCCUCCGCAGAUACUGAGGGACGACUGUGUAUUUCUUUUUAGACAAAUGCAUGUCCCCUGUUGAGAGAGAAUGUGAGUUACUCCGUAUAAAAAUAAUCUUUUCCAUUUCAUACCUUAAGUAUGGGAGUUCUCAGACCAAAGAUGAAAGCACUUUUUAAACAUUUCUCAUUUUGCUUUCUGUUACUACAUUUUAAAUAUGAGAAUAGGAUUGAGGAGGCCCAAGAGAAUAUGUACCUCAAGAUCUAGGCUGAAAUGCUCAGGAGGCUGGUGAGUAAAGGGACUUAAUCUCUUAGGAAAACUCACAAGAGCAUAUACAUUACUGAUGAGACUAAGAAAUAUCCUGUGUAGGAAAAAGAAUAAUCUCCUUUACAGUGUAAUUUGGAGAUCACUCAGGGAAGGCAGUAAGAUGACUACAUGUCUUCAGGGAGUGGCUUCAGCCCAAGGACUGUUCUGGUAAUGAGGUGGGUUGUCUAUGCUUAUGUAAGGUUGAUGACCCUCUUAAUGUGAAGGGAAGGAAAAGGGAGAUGAAGAAAAGACUCCAGAUGAGCCAGCUGAUGCCUGCCCCUCCGGCUUCCUCCUGGUCCCCUUUAGCUGUGACCGUGUUUCAGGCACCACAAGGCAGCCUUGUCAGGGUCCUCUACGUUCUUAAUAAGAUGAUCUUCCAGACAAACGUGUGCAAAAUGGGACCCCGGAUUUUGACGCUCUUGUACAAAUGAAACCACAGAAGUCAAUUUAGAGUCCGCCAAAGUUUUACUCACUUCAGUCAGAUUCCCUGUACAAAUGUAAAAUGACGGAUGUGUGUGUUAUUAUCAUAUCCUGACAGGAUGCAACAGGCCCUCCCCUUUCUCAGGGAAUCUGGGUAAGAUUGUUCUGAGAAUGUGCAGUGCUGUUUUCCCUGGCGUCACAGUGACCCCACAUGGAGAACUUCUCUGCUGCGGGGGGCUCCUCACGAAGUGGAAGCGUGCCAUCAGAAGAUCCAGCUGUGUCCAGUGCUUAGAGUCACCCCAGACACAGAGGUGGGGUCACUGAGCUCCGCUUACUCCAUAAGAUUAGUAGGGGAAGAAGUAAAUGUGAGCUUUAAUUCCGGAAUCUGCUGAUGGCGAUUAUAUUUAAUAGUUUUGGGGAAUAUAUUGAGUUCUGUAUAUUUUCCGUUAUUAAAAAUGUAGGGAUUCUUUGGUGCCGGUCUCUAAGUAAAAAGAGGAAUAAGCCAUCUAUUAAAGCAGCAAAUGCCUC